AUGGGCUGCUCUGGCUGUUCAGGAGGCUGUGGCUCCAGCUGCUGUGUGCCCGUCUGCUGCUGCAAACCCGUGUGCUGCUGUGUGCCAGCCUGCUCCUGCUCCAGCUGUGGUGGAGGUGGCAAGGGAGGCUGUGGCUCCAGCUGGGGCUGCAAGGGAGGCUGUGGCUCCAGCUGUGGGGUGCAAGGGGGAUGUGGCUCCAGCUGUGGAGGCUGCAAGGGAGGCUGUGGCUCCAGCGGUGGGGGCUGCAAGGGAGGCUGUGGCUCUGGCUGCGGGGGCUGCUGUCAGUCCAGCUGUGGCUCUGGCUGCGGGGGCUGCUGUCAGUCCAGCUGCGGCUCUGGCUGCGGGGGCUGCUGCCAGUCCAGCCGCUGCAAGCCUGUCUGCUGCUGUGUGCCAGCUUGCUGCUGCUCCAGCUGUGGUGGAGGCUCUGGUGGAGGCUGUGGGGGCUGCUGCCAGUCCAGCUGCUGCAAGCCCUGCUGCUGUCAGUCCAGCUGCUGCAAGCCCUGCUGCUGCCAGUCCAGCUGCUGCAAGCCCUGCUGCUGCCAGUCCAACUGCUGUGCCCCUGUUUGCUGCCAGUGCAAGAUCUGA